AUGAUGCAAGACGAACCCGGAAAAAAAUUUGUUAAGCAAUUCCGCCUUAAUAAGAUAGCUUUCCAAUAUGUUCUCAACAUAUUAAAGGAGGAAAUCCCUCCUGCUAUUAAAACAUGGUCGAUAUCGCCAGAGCUCAAACUAGAAGCCUGUCUAAGAUUUUAUGCUGAAGGGGGUUAUCAAAAUGGUACUGGGCAAGAUUUUAAUAUUGGCAUGGUGCAGUCCACAGUGUCCAUAGUACUGUCAGAAGUUUUAAAUAUUUUAGAGGCAACACUAUGUCCCAGAUGGAUAAGCUUGGCAAUGACCGAGACUGAAGAGCUUGAAUCCAAAAGAUAUUUUUUUGGAAAAACAAGAAUUCCCGGCAUAGUUAUGUGCGUAGAUGGCACCCACAUAAAAAUUUUGAAACCUGCUGGAGACAAUUCGCACCUUUAUUAUAAUAGGAAAGGAUAUUACAGUAUUAAUGCAAUGAUAAUAUGUGACCAUAAGCAGCGAAUGAGGUAUGUGAACAGUAGGUACGCAGGUGCAAGUCACGAUUCUUUUAUUUGGGAAAAUAGUGAGGCUUCAAGACAUUUCCAAACCAUGUUUCUGGAAGAAUUGCUCUCAGCUCGCCAACUUCAUUAUUCUCCGGAAAAAGUGGCUCAAAUUGUUAAUGCUGCGGCGGCACUUCACAACAUUCGGAUCCAUUAUAAUAAAUAUUUCAGACGAAUAUUUAGAAGGGGUUUUUGA